GCAUCAGUUGUAAGGUUCCGCGUAACCACUUGCCAAACAACAAGCGGACCAAGAGGGAGACGAAUUAGGCCCCCGUUUUGUCUAGACACAAGCAGUGGUGAAAGCAAAGAAAAAAAGCAAAGAAAAGGAAAAGCUCUAGUUACGUGCACUCACCACAAAGACGCACGGAAUAUCUUCGACCAGGUGCGCGUGGGAACAUAAAAGUGCACAUCAAACCCACCACCCAGCACCUCUCGGCCGCUCCAUUGCUUCUACCGCGCCACGCGGGGCUCUGAUGUCAGUUCGGACCGGGCAUCCCCUGCUCCGUUGGUGAGCGUCGGUUAUUUUGAUUGUGGCCCGCGGAGGUGUGCGUCGGGUGUAAAUCCAAGCGUGCGUCUGUGUGUGUGUGUGUGAAUAUCUUUCGAAAGAACGAAUCCUGCUAUGCAACCGAUCAGGUAGCAGCAACAGUCAACCUUACGUGCGAUCGAGAAAAGACUAGGCCGUACGGGGUAGAGGGGGCGCGUCGAUCAAAAAGCAUCUUGCGUCGCCGAUCGUCGGCGGUGGUGUGGCAUAUAGUGUGCCGGAGGUCGUGACCGAACCGUGAAGUGCGAUCCCCGGGGUUGUUUGCCUAGCGAGGCAACCGCCACCAAUCGCUGCGCCCAUCAACAAAACUCAUCGUCCAUCAGCGCUACGCGAGACGAAAAUAAAUCCCGAAACGUCCGACCGGGGAGGGGACGCACGGGAACGCGAGGAAGCUUUACAUUGGCAGUCCGAGCAAUAGCGGGGGCAUUGAUAGCGAGCGCGUCACGGUAGAGUGGCCCAUCCGUAGCAUCCUCACAAACACACAAACACACAUCCUCAAAAUGGCCAUGUCCAGCUGGAUGAUCCGGCGAAGCUUAAGGCAAAAAAAUCGCCCCGCACCGGAAGACUGCUACCGACUGGACACGGACAAGUCACUACGGGAAAAUGCGGUCGAUAUCUAUGGCGGGCUCUGUUCGCCUCACACGACCGUGAACAAGCGGCUCAGCUUGUUGAAUGGGCUGGCGAAGCUGAUCGACCGGUGGAAGCGCGACGCCGGCCUGGACAGUGGUGCCUCGCUCGAGCCGGCGAUCCAGCCGCCGGGCCGGUCGGUCGGGUUGCUUGCGGCCGAGCGGGACGCUUGUCUUGGGUAUGCGGUGCAGCAGUGGGUUUGCUGUGUGGCACGCAGUCUCGUUCACCCGCUGCCCCAAAUACGGGCUGGUGCGCUCCGGGUGAUGCGCCGCCUGCUGCUAGCGCCGAGCGAUCUGCGCGAGUUUAACCGGUUACAGCUGCCGCAUCUCGUCUGCCGCAGCCUGGACGUGAUGCUGCGGAAUGGGGAGGAACGGCUGCAGGCGCUAAAGCUGGUGCGUAGGAUGCUGGUGGUCGCACCGGAGGAGCUGCAACCGGCCCUCGUGCGCUGCCUGGUCGCACUGUGCGAAAGUGGCGCAGGCGGCAUGGCCGGAUCCGCAGGACCUGGCGGAGGUGCUGGAGGAGGUGGCGGCGGCGUUCCAGGAGCAGCAGGAGCGGGCGCAGGCGGUGCACAUUCGGGCGUGGGAGGAUCUGGUGGAGAGGAUCGGCUGCUGCGCUGCUGUCUGGCGACUUUGUGCGAAGUUGGUGUACUGAAUCCGCUGCUGCUGAUCGAGUGUGGUGGUGUGGGCGUAAUUACGCGCAGCGUGCUGGAAUGCCACAGCCCGCGCAUCGCCGAGAGCCUGUGCGGCGUGCUGCUGUACCUGCUCGAGUGGCCCCAGACGCGCGACAUUGCGGGCGUGCGGUUGGAUUGCUUCGCCGCACCGUACUGCGACUUUACGUACCGCAUUGGCAUCCUCGACCGGAACAAGGACGCGCGGGAUCUGCGCUUCACCUGCAGCCGGUUGGCGCUGCUGUCAGUGCUGCGGUCCUGGGCCGGCACGAUCGAGUUCUGCGACCCGCACCGACCGUCCGGGCUGCGCGCCUUCAUCGAUAUCCUCUACCUGAACCAGCUCGAGAUCCGGAAGGUGGUGCUGGAUCUGCUGUACGAGCUGAUCGGGCUGCCGCAGCCGGUGUGGACUGACGAGUACUCGGUCGCGAUGGCGGCGGUGGACCCGGCCGAGUAUCAGGACGCGUGGCGCCUGCACGAGGGCUUCGUCGCGGCGGAAGGCAUUGCGAUCCUGCCGAGCCUGGCCGGGGCCGUCCCGAACCUGUGCGAAAUCCAUCUCGCCCUGCUGCUCUACUGCUUUGUCGAGAACGGGCUGCUGAACGCGCUGAUCGAGGUCAUCGUCUCGAGCGACACGCUCAUCUCGGUCCGGGCGACGAUACUGCUAGCCCGCAUCACCCACCAGCUGCACUGUCUGCUGCCGGCGGAGCUGUGUGCCCGGACGCCUACCGCCACCCUGCCGAUGCUGGUGGCCCGCGCCAUCGAGGGGAACCAUCAGGCGCGGGCGGCCAUCACCGCACUGCAGCAGCACCACCUGAUGCUGCAGAACCGACCGGCCAGCUGCAGUCUGUACCUCGACUGCAUCAUCCAAAGUGGCGAGCUGAUUAACACCCGUGCGUUUCGGCGCGAGCUCGUUGCACCGGUGCGAGUCGCAGGAGGGCAGGGCAGCCCGUUGGGGGUGGGCGGCGUAGCCAGUGCAUUCAAGUACGGCACGCUGGAUGGGCUGAAGCGGUCGCGGCACGACUCGAGCAGCUCGAGCGGUGGCGGCAUCGGCAGCGGUUCGGCCGGUGGCACGUUCGGUGGACUGUUCGGGAACAUCUUCCUGAACAGUAGUGGCGGCAGCGGCGGUGGCGGUGCGUACGAGUGGAGCGCCAACUACGACGGUUUUUUACGGGACGUGUCGCGCACCACCAGCCGCACCGGUUCGAUGAAACGGUCGUCCAAGCGCAACAUGCUGCAGCAGCUGUGGGCCAGCAUUACCGAGGGCGACCGGUUGCUGAAGGAAUCGAGGGUGCUCUCGGUGAAGGAUGCCAACCUGUGGGACUGGGACAUUAUCAUCACGAUACUGCGGUCGGACUUGUUGGGCACGAAGCUAGACGAACAGAAUACACGCUUUGUGCGCCGGAUUGUGAACUACUUCAAGCCGAGCAACAACCGCUUCUCGCACCAAGACUUUGCGCAUCUCAACAGCAACCGGCAGAUGCCAGCAUACGUAACAGCUGGGCUGGAGCUGAUCGAUGCGAUGCUUCAAUCGACGGAGCUCGAGUACAUACGCAUCCUGACCGAUCUGUUCACCGACAUCAGCCGGCAGCUGCUAGCAAUUCACGCGAAAAAGUCCGCGCACGAGUGUCUGUUCAGUCCGCUGCACAUGACCGGCACAAUGUGCCAGCACUACUUCCUGUUCAUUGGGCGCAUGUGUCGGACGGAGGGCGGUCUCGAGAUACUGCGCAACACCGACGUGUUCAAGGAGCUGUCCACGAUCGUGCUCAAGACGAACCACCUGUGCUACGUGAAGCUGAUCGUGUCCGGGCUGGACUACAGCCUCGAAGGCGAGCCGCGUGUCAUCCUGGCGAAGGCGCUGCUGCGGCACCCGUCGCCAAAGGCGCGCCUGUACGCAACGCAGAUGCUGCGCGUGCUGCUCCGCGCCCGGCUGCCCAACUUCGAGGUGUGGGGCAUACAGCUGAUGCUGAAGCUGGUCGCGGCCAUGCUCGGAGACGGCCAGGCUCGCUGCGUCCAGACGGCAGCGCUCGAGCUGCUCGAGGAGGCGUGCUACGAGCGGGCCUACCAGGAGGAGCUGGCACACUUCUGGCCCCGACUGGACAAGCUCGGCCAUCGCGGCAAAAUGGUGAUGAUGCGCUUCUACUCGAUCCCGCGCGGAAUCUUCCAUCCUGAGGCACACACGGUGCGCGAGCUCGAGCAGUGGGUCGCGGUGUACAACGAGCAGUACGUGCUGCUGGUCGAGGCGGACACGCACGCCCACCUGACCCAGCAUAUACGUACGGAGGACGGUACGUACAGCAGACGGCACGUGGCAAGCGGUUCCCCGGGCGAGAGUGGGGGCGCUGGCGCCCCGAACCUCGCCCCGCAUCUGUACGGGCAGCUGGUGCAAACGAGCAAAGGUUUCUCACAGCUGCUGACGCACGGCCGGCUGCUGGAACUAGCGGAGCGGGUCCGAGCGAGCCAGUGCAGUAACGAGCGCGACUGCCUGCGGCUGAAGGCGGCACUGUGGGCCCUGAUGCAUGCCUGCACGAGCAAGGAAGCUAUCGAGUACUUCACCGAGCACGUACCGUGGCUGCUGGCCCAUGUGGUGCAGCUGGUGCGUAGUGCGGACGUGUACUCGAUCCGGGCGACCGCACUCGGUGGGCUCUGUCUGGUGGCGAGCACGGCCCAGGGUGCCGACGCGCUGCGUACGAUGGGCUGGGUGGCGGUGCGGCACGACCGCAACACGCACUGGCCGGUGACGGAGCCGAACUAUUGGGAAACGGCGGUGUCCGCAUCGAGCGCCAGCAACGAGAGCGACUGCGAGGGCCCCGGGCGACGGCGACACAGCUUCGCCUCGACCGAAGACGACAGCACAGCCAACAGCAUGUCCUUUCCGGCCUCCUCCUGUCUGGUCUCGGUGACAGGGGAGCUUUCGCCCAUACCGGGUAGCUCGCACCCGGGCAGCGUCGAGCGGGAGGUCAUCAGUGGUCGCAAGCACCAUCGGCAUCUGUUCCACGUGCGACGACCCUUGCUCUCCAGCUCGUCUGCGGAUAUGACCGAUCCGGAGGAUGUGCAGCAGCUGCUGGACGGCAGUGAGCGGCUGUUUUCCUCCUUCCGCACUCCUAUGUUUAUCGAACCGAGCGAGUCCAGUGCCAAGAUUUGCAGUCUCGAUCGCAAAUACCAUCGCCUCAGUUUACAGCACUACUCCUUAAGCGAGGAUGGACAUCCCAGCGUCAAGAUGAAACCUUCAUUUCACCCCACCAAGUCAAAUACGCAAGGACCUUGUUUUAUCGGAAUUUGUUUCCCGCUAGACAUAAUGGAGCUGUUCCCAGAGCUACAGACACGUCGCUCACUGGCGCUCGGAUCGCUGGUACAGCUAGAUCGCUCCAAAACGCGAACCAAAGACACGAGCAGAUCGAUGCAGGUGACAAAGGCGCGGGUCAAAACCGAUCCAGAGGUGCACGAAGGCAUUGUGGUUGAUUACGAGUGCGAGGCAAAGGGCUUUGCGUCAGCCCAUCCGUCGUUCAGUUCGCCCUCGUCUUCCUCCCAACACGAUGCGAAUCCCCACGACACUACGGAGGACGGUCAGCCGCAGUGGUGGUCGUACGCCAUGCACAACCUCUCCCAAUGCGUCCGUUGUUGCCGGAGCAAGCGUCCGGAGGAGAGCUGGAACCAGGCGGUCGACGCUAUUGACCGACCCCCGUUAGACGAAACGAUCGCCAAUAACGUGCUGCGGCACGUGCAGCGUAUGGCGAACCCAGUGUGGAGCAAGCAAUCCCGCAGCGUCUUGCUUGAUUUAAAACAGUCUCACCCGACCGCCUUCCAGAACGUUUGCCUGUACUCGGAGGUGUGCCGGCUGCUCGGCUGCAACACGUACCGGCUCGGUUCGCGCCGCUUCCUGCAGGAGCUGUUCCUGGAUCUCGACUUUUUAGGGACCGGCAAUCAAUCAAUGACCGAUGGCGCCACGAGCGGUAAGCAGCAGCACCAACAGCAGCCACAACUCAUGUUAGCCGCAACCACUGCCAAAGCACUCAACACCCCGCUCCAGAUCCAAACGCAGAAUCUCCCACCGUCGGCGGUGCCGAGCAAGGGGCCGCCGCUCGCCGGUGGCGUCGCCUUUCUUCUUCGCUCACCACCGCUCGCCAGUGUGCACGAGGCGAGCGUAGAAAAUUUGGACGAAAUGUCGUCCACGCCGAAGCUGCCAAAUGCACGGACUACAAUUGUUGUGCCCGAGCCACCCCCGACCCGGCAGCCGGCCGAAGAAGAAGUCACCAUGCGCUUAAGUGAACCCACCACCGUUUACUCCUCGUCUACCACGCUCCCGCCUACCGUUGCCCAUCGACCACGUUCAAUUGGAGCGCAAAGCUGCAGCGCUGGUGCGACGGCCAGUACGCGACCUCGGUUCAACACGCUCGAACUGGACCUAAGCUGCUCACGAAACAAAUUUCCAAUCCGGGACCGAAGCAAGAAACACGACUUCUCGCCGACGACACCGACUGGGACGCACCCUGCAUCGACUUUACCCUUGUCCGCCAGCAGCUCGUCAGCCUCGUUCAUCAGCACUGGCAGUGUGUCCGUCGUGACCAGCCCGACGCAGGCAUUACCGGGCGCAUCGGCCACCUUCGGUAAUCUGUUCUGCGAGCAGCGGUUACGGCUCAAGUCGUCCAAAUCGGAGGCAACCCUCAUGAAGAACAAGUAAAAAUGUAAAGAGAGAGAGAGAGAGAGAGAGAGAGAGAGAGAGAGAGAGAGAGAGAGAGAGAGAGA